UGAACAUUAUGCUGUGAAAUACAAUACACUAGUUUUAUUUGAAUAACCUCUUUAUUAUGUAAUAAAUGAUGGUUUAUUUCUAUUAACUUAGUUGUAAGGAUGACUACAAUCAUAACAAACUUCUAACUAUAAUCACUCAUUUGAUCUUGCCACUGUUGACGAGUCGCUUUUCAUUGAAUUAGCUCUAAGUCCUUUUGUAAAAGCUGUCUUUACAAAUGGACUAUAAAUUACAGCAAUCUGGACAUUUUACAUCUUUAGAAGGUGAAGUUGGUCUCAGACCGGAUAUGAAGUUCCAUAUCACAAUCAAUGGUAUCCAAAUUGACUGUCUUUUGAUUGAAGUCAAAUGUCCAAGCAGUACCAGCAAAGAUGAUCUGUUUAAGUUGUCAAUAGAAAUGCAGUUCAUUUUAAAUCGUUUAAUAGAACAUGGUGCUAAUAACUGUACCGUUUACGGUGUGUUAGUGUAUGGUUUCAGUUGUUCUAUGUACAAGAUGACAUUAGUUGCAUCGAAGGUAUAUCUAAUGGUGCAGAUUAGACAAUGUUUCCUUCCUCGCUCUUCAGAAGAUUUUCAUGUUGUAGUUAAUACUUUGUCUUCUUUCUUGCAAUUGUGAGAUUUGAUGUACAAAGAAGUGCAGUCAAUAACUACAAACAAAAGAAACGUGAGUGAUAUUCUUGGUUGGAUUGCUAAACCAAUUAUAGGUAUCGAGCAGUAAAAGCGGUAACUACCUCCCCCCUCCUCCCCGUUUUUCUGCAACUCUUAAUAAAUAUUCCCCCCAAGCCCUUAGUUAAUAUUUCAGUAUAAAUAAAAACUUUUUUUAAAAGGGACAAAAUUCACCAGUUAGCAGUUAUUUCGCGUCUUUGAUAGCACCCAAAUUUUUUUAAAAGGGUGGUUUUUAUGGCUCUUCUCAAUAUUAUAGUUGCCAAAGUAAGAGGUUUGAAGCCAGGUAGCACUAUUUUUUUCAUCUUGGUUGGUUUCAACUAAAUACUAAAACAUGAGUGUCCAAAUAGAUGAAAAGCAACUUAUGGAAUCUGAAAUACUCGUACAUAGAAUAACUGAAUCAUGCA